AAAAACCGUUAAUCCUCUUCUUCAUUCAUCAACUUCCCUAUAAACCGGAGCAAUCUUAUGCAUCUCUCCCUCUCUCUCUAAUCUCUAUUCUUCAAUUUUAUUUUUGAAUUUUCUUUCACAUUUCCUCCCUAUCUGUAAACAAAAUCAGAAACCUCUAAAAUCUGCAGCAUUUUGGAAAAGCUUUGAGAAUGUUGAUCGCAGGACGGAAAGAAGAACCGUGAUUGUUCUUCAAAUUUGACCUACAUUGUCGUAUUAUUUACGAACAUACCCUAAUUAUUGUAUACUCAUUGAUGGUCGUAGUCCUUGGGGGAUAGUGACAGGAGACGUGGCGUUUUCGUGUAAUUAAUAUGGUGAAGUUAAUGGCGGAGUCGGUUUCGUUGAGUCCGUGAUGGGCGUGGAUAAGGAGUGGAGGUUUAGCGUGUUAUGGCCAACAAGGCGCUGUUUCAUUACCAAAACGGCAGCGUCGUAAGCAACAAGCAUGUGUUUGGCAGGCCGCGAUCCUCUGCUGCGUCGCAGAGGAAGCCGAUCUCAAUGCCGCUCCUCUGUGGCAUGAUGCUCUUCUGCUUAGGCAUGCUUUCGCUCUUCACUGGCCAAAUGGCGUCUAAUCUCGACCGGUACUCCCAGCGAUUUAUGAAACAAAGUCUCUUCAAUUUGGAUGAAAACAAUAGAGGACCGAUUGAUAUAUGGAAAUCUGAAUAUGCAAAAUACUUCUAUGGAUGCAGCGUAAGAAGUGCUACAUUUCCUGAUGCUAUUAGUGAGCAAUCAUCAAAUGGUUAUUUGCUUAUUGCUGCAAGUGGAGGACUGAAUCAACAAAGAACAGGAAUAUCAGAUGCUGUAGUUGUUGCACGAAUUCUUAAUGCAACCUUAGUAGUACCUGAGUUGGAUCAUAAUUCCUAUUGGAAAGAUGAUAGUGACUUCGUCAACAUUUUUGAUGUCGACUGGUUCAUUUCUUACCUUGCAAAAGAUGUUACUGUUGUCAAAAGAGUUCCUGAUAAAUUCAUGAGGUCCAUGGAAAAACCUCCGUACACUAUGCGUGUCCCAAGGAAAUCCGCUCCGGAAUAUUAUCUAGACCAAGUUCUGCCAAUACUUAAAAGAAGACACGUCCUGCAACUGACAAAGUUUGAUUACAGACUAGCCAACAACAUCGAUGAAGACCUUCAAAAGUUGCGCUGCCGGGCUAAUUUUCAUGCUUUAAGAUUCACAGAGCCUAUUCAAGCACUUGGACAAAAACUGGUCAUGAAAAUGCGUCAGAUGGCUAACCAUUUUAUGGCAGUCCAUUUGAGGCUUGAACCCGAUAUGCUAGCAUUUUCUGGUUGUUACAUUGGUGGAGGAGACAAGGAAAGAUACGAGCUUAGAGAGAUACGAAAACGAUGGGAAACAUUGCCUGAUAUAGAUGCUGUUGGAGAGAGAAGGCGAGAUAAAUGCCCACUUACUCCUCAUGAAGUAGGCUUGAUGUUAAGAGCACUUGGUUUUGAAAACGACACAUACAUCUAUGUUGCAUCUGGAGAAAUAUAUGGUGGAGAAGAGACUCUGGAACCACUAAAAGAUCUCUUUCCAAACUUCUAUACAAAAGAGAUACUUGCUAAUGACCACCUGAAACCUUUUCUUCCUUUCUCUUCUUGCCUUGCUGCUAUUGACUACAUUGUUUGUGAUGAAAGCGAUGUUUUCGUCACCAAUAAUAAUGGAAAUAUGGCCAAGAUUCUUGCAGGUCGAAGGAGGUACAUGGGGCAUAAGAGGACCAUAAGACCGAACGCCAGGAGGUUGAGUCCAUUGUUGAUGGAAAGGGAUCAGAUGGAUUGGGAUACCUUUGCGCAAAAGGUGAAAGCGGUUCAAAGAGGAUUCAUGGGAGAGCCAGAUGAGAUGAGAGCCGGACGCGGUGAAUUUCAUGAGUAUCCCUAUUCUUGUAUCUGCGAGAAGCCGGCAAGUGAUAUUAUUGCCGCAGGCAACAAUGGUGGUGGUGAUGGAGAUCAUCAUCAAUCACAACAAUUUAAGGAAAAUGAAGGAUUGAGGAAGAGAAGCAAUGAAGAAGAAGAGCCUGUUUUAGGAGCCAAAGAGGAUAAAGAUGUAUUUCCUGACUAAGAAAAAAAUGGUACAUUUUGAGAGCCAAAGCCUGGUCAGGUCAGAGGGAAGUUUCUUUUGUUUCUUCUCGUUUUCUCCGGUUUGAUCCAUGAAAAAUUUAUUUAUUUGUACAGUGAGAGAGGAGUUUAAGAAAAAAUGCUAUUCUUUUUACCGGUAUAUAUUUGCGGGAAAAUUACUAAAUAGGCAUGUAGUAGUUUUUAAUUUAUUAAAGUCGGAUACUGGAUUCUCUUUGGUGGACUAUAUUCAUUUCGAUCAAUUUAUUAAAAUGCAGCUCAAUAACAUUUUAUUUUAGUAUUAUUUUCAA